UUUCUUUUAUUCUUAUUAAAUGUAUGCAAGUGUGAGAUGUUUCCAUUAGGAUCUUUGUAGAGAUCAAAGUUUUGUGAGCAAAAACUGCAUGCACUUUAAUUAUAUUACAGAAUAAAUUAAAAUAUUACUAUAAAAGGUUUGUGUUUAUAGUGACAGCUAUGAUCUUCUUCCUCUUCUUAAUCUUAUUCUUGUUCAAUUCAGUACAUGCAUAAUAUAUGUGUAAGAAAUUUCUUUUUCUUUCUCUAAACACAGAAACACACAAAUAAAUAAAUGUAUGUAGAUGUGAGAACAUUUCAUUUGUAUAGUUCUAGAGGACUUUUCAUGUGUUUAUCUCAUGGCAUUUAUCCAGCUAUGGUGUUUGUUAACAUUUGGUUUCCAGUUUCUGAGGAUGAGCAUGAGUGACAAGACUCUGAACGUACAUAACAGAACUCUUAGUAACCGCCUAUUAGCGUCUUAGCUCGUCAUGGGAGGACAGAUCAGCUGUCCUCGCUGUGCAUGUCAUUUCCCGAUCACCAUACAGCCAAAAAAGAGCGCGAAUCGAAGCCACACGCCAGGUGCGCUCUAAACAGCCAUGACAGUCGAGGGUUUGGCAAAUCACUAGGUAUGUUAUGAUGAAUAACACACACACACACACACACACACACACACACACUAGCAUCACCUCGCUCAGUAACAUCACACACACCAUCCUGUUCUUUUCUGUUCUCGACUUCAGAAUGCGCUGUUGCCAUGGUGACGGAAUGGCGCACACUCUGUCUUGCUUUCACUCUAUUCUCUUUUUCUUUUUUUCUGCACGCGGAUGUAUGGGCGACGUAACCAUCUAGAUCCACCGCUCGCCUGGAUCAAAUACAUGUACUGCUGUCAUGAUAAUGAUCAUUUAAUGGCAAAAAAUACAACCUCAAGCUGUGUUUUUUCCCUCCAGUAUGCACCUUAAACAUGUUCUUUCUCUUUCAGCUCUGUUCUCAUCGUUUGUUUCUCCUCAGGAGGAGAAGCACUAGGAUUUCUGCCAUGAAAUCUCUCUAAGAGGAGAAAAGCUGCGAAACCUAGAAAAUCUACACCCACCCACGGGCAGGAGACAGGGGGAGAGAGAAAGAGAGAGAGAGAGAGAGAGAGAGAGAGAGAGAGAGAGAGAGAGAGAGAGAGAGUGAGUGGAGGGGAGCGUGAAAGAGUGGGGGGAGAAAGAGCGAGGGAUAACAGUCGAUGGAUGCUGCUUGGACGCUCUGGACGGUACAAUCUUCAGUGACAAGGACCAGAGAGCUGAAGGGAUGGAUGGGAAGGGAAGAAACAUUCCUCCAGCCAUGGUGUGGUGCGAGCGGGGAAUUCAGGUGCUUCUCACCACUGUGGGAGCAUUCGCAGCCUUCGCCUUGAUGACCGUGGCCAUUGGCACGGACUACUGGCUGUACGCUCGGGCCUUUAUCUGCAACAGCACUGCCAACUCCUCUCAGGAUGACCCCCACAACAAGGACAAGAAGGAUCCUGGAGCCCUCACCCACUCCGGCCUCUGGAGAAUUUGCUGCCUGGAAGGAUUGAAGAGAGGAGUAUGUUCCCAGAUUAAUCAUUUCCCAGAUGAUGCUGAUUAUGAUCAGGAUGCUGCAGAGUACCUUUUACGUGUAGUCAGGGCCUCCAGUAUAUUUCCUAUCCUCAGUGCCAUAUUAUUGCUGCUAGGUGGAGUGUGUGUGGCUUCUAGUCGGUUCUACAAAACCAAAAGACACAUCAUUUUGGGAGCAGGCAUUUUGUUUGUAGUGGCAGGCCUGAGCAACAUCAUAGGUGUCAUUGUAUACAUCUCGGCAGCUCUCAGCGACAUCUCUCCCAAAAAGGACGAGGACAAGAAGUGGCAUUACUCCUACGGCUGGUCCUUCUACUUCGGCGGCUUGUCGUUCAUCCUGGCGGAAGUGGUGGGCGUGCUGGCCGUCAACAUCUACAUCGAGCGCAACAAAGAACUGCGCUGCCGCUCGCGCACCGACCUCUUCCGCAGCACGACCUCAGCUGUGUUACGCCUGCCAGGAUACCGCUUCCGCCGGCGCUCCUCUCGCUCCAGCUCACGCUCCACAGCGGAGCCGACCCGCUCCCGUGAGCAGUCCCCCACCUCCGCCAUCGCACCCAAGAACUUCGGCCCACCCCUGGCCGCCGGCCCACCGCCCUUUUCGGUAGCCACGCUUCCCAAUCCGCACACACACUCCGGAGGAGGCAUGGGGGAUAUAUCCAUGUACACACUCGGCAGGGAAGGUAAGCCGCCCAUGUACGGUACAGUCGACCGGGCCACACUCUAUCAGCUGCACAAUUACUUUCCGAAAGAGGGCGGUGGCGGAGCGCUCAUGACGGGAACGCUGCCCUCUCUCUCUAAGUCGAACCUAGCUGCAUCGACCAACGCCACCCUCAACACCUCGUCUUCCUCCGGCCCCCAGCAGGCGCCGAUGUCCGCCGGCUCCUCCGCCACCAUGGAGAGGGAUCGAGGGAUGGGAACCUUGGAUCGGCUUGGCAAAGGAGACAGUUCAAACACUAACACUCUCAACAGGAGAACAACACCUGUGUAACGAAAGACUGGAGGGGGAGGGAAGAGUGAUGGGGAAAAGAAGCGAUUACAUGAACGGGAAGUAAAAUGGGAACGGGGAACAGGAGAGGGAAAAACGAGCAAGAAAGGGCUGAGAAAGAAAGCAAGGACCGCUUGCAAGACGACAAAGAAGUGAAUAAGAAGGCAAUACAUUCUCUUUUUUUCUAGUUUUUGAACAUGGUGACUUGAGUAACAGAAUUCCAUCCGCACUACUUAUUGAUUCAUGUUGAAAUACUCGAUGUGUGUGAUGGUGAUCUUUCAGUUCUUCGAGCUCUUUCAAUUCCCGUGCUUUAUCAUCAGGUUAUGCCUGUAACUUAUUUAGCAUUCCAAUAUAGUUGAUGUUUUUUUUUUUAUUAUUAUGCUAAUUGUUAUUGCUGGGUUAACUUAUACAUUCUACAUUUUUAUCAAAGUAUUUCGUUUUUGCACAAUUAUCCAUUUUAAUUUAUUUCCUCUCGAUUGAUGAACUCAAACUGUGAUUUUUUUCUUGCACAUGUUGACACUAUAUUUCAUGAUGUCAUUCAGUGUCAAGCGUGUGUUAAUUCUGCGAAAGUGCGACGACUAUUAUGAUGACAUUUUUUAGUUUUUACAAAGAUUGUUAAUAUUUAGACCUGUGGAAUUUUUCAUUGUAACCGUAAGUGUACAAGUAGUUAAGUCUUCAUAUAAAUAUAUUUGAUUUAUUUAUCAAAAAAAGAUAAUAAUUAUAAUGGACUACUUUUGAGACUGAAAGUCAAAAAGAGAAAAAGAAAGAGGCAGAAUACAGAAGUGAAAGGCAUUCAUUCCAGGGGAGCAAUACUUAUACCUAAAAAACCUCACCAGAAAAGACAAAAAAAUCUAUUAAAUAUAUAGUAUAUUAUGAACAAAAAAACUUUUUUGGUAAAAUAAAAUAUAUUCUAUGAAUGUGUAAAACUGAGAUAUAUGUGCAUACUGUUAGCAGUUUUGACUGCAGCAUAUUAUUUUCAAGUUUAUUUGUAACUUUGUAUGCAUGAUUCAUAUCUAAUAUAUGAUAUAUUCA